UCUCAUCAUCUUCUCUGUAGAAUGAGGGAGGUUGAAGGUCCCUGGCAGUCCUGAUGGCCUAUGGAAAAACGGAGUUUAAGUAACUUGACCAAAGUCAUACAACUCAUUCCUAGAAUUGCUGGGGUCACUUCCAAGCUGCUGUCAGCAGAUAUUACUGCCUGGAAAAAAGAGGCAGAUUGCUACAAGGCAGUGGACAGUGUGCCGCCAUGGAUUUAGGGCCCCUAGAAGGCGGAUACCUGGAGCUUCUUAACAGCAGUGCUGACCCUUUGCAGUUCUACCACCUCUAUGACCAGAUGGACCUGGCGGAUGAAGAGAUCGAUCUCUGCUCAGAACCCGACACGGACACCAUCAGCUGUGAACAGUUCAGCAAGCUGUUGUGUGACAUAGAAGGUGAUGAAGAGACCAGGGAGGCUUAUGCCAAUAUCGCGGAACUGGACCAGUACGUGUUCCAGGACUCCCAGUUUGAGGGCCUGAGCAAAGACAUUUUCAUCGAGCACAUAGGCCUGGAAGAAAUUAUCAGUGACACCAUGGAGGUGCUGGAGGAAGCAGGACAGAAAAGUCAGAAAAGACCCUUUCCAGAGGAGCUGCCUGUGGACCUGAAGCACAGGAAGCUUGCCGAGCCCCUCACCGAGCCCAUGGUGACUGGCACUUUCCUGCUGGGACCAGUGAGUAACUCCUCAGCUCUGCCCUGCCUAUCACCACCUGCUCUGUUCAACAAUGAUUCAGCAUCCAGCCAGACCCGGCUGGAGGAAACUGCCCCAAUACCUGUGCCCUCCUCCACUUCCUUGUCAAGCUGCCUGAGUCUCCCGGCUGGACCCAUCCAUAUCAUCCCCACUGUCCCCACUCUGCCCCAGGGGCUCUGGCAAAUCUCAGGGACUGGGACAGGGGUCUCCAGCAUACUCAUCUACCAAGGCAGGAUGCCUCAGGCCAGCCAAGCACCCCCUUCCAGCAGCCCAGCUGUCUACAGCCUCCCAAAGUCCCCAGAUCGGCCCAGCUCUUCCAGCCCCUUCGCCCCAUCUGCAGCUGACCUGCCCAGCAUGCCAGAACCAGCCCUGACCUCCCGUGCCAACAUGACAGAGGCCCAGAUGUCCCCCACCCAAUGCCUAGCAGCUCACGAGGUCUCCAGCAAGCUUCCCAAAUAUCCUGAGAGUGUGCGGCAGUUCUGCCACUCGCUACGGGACAAGUACCAGGCCGAGCCUGCAGGCCCAGAAGGCAUCCUGGUGGAGGUGGACCUGGUGAGGGCACGGCUAGAGAAGAGCAGCGGCAAGAGCCAGGAGAGGGAGCUGGCCACCCUGGACUGGGCAGAGCGGCAGCCGGCCCGAGGGGGUCUGGCCGAGGUGCUACUGGCUGCUGGUGAUCACCGGCGGCCGCGUGAAACACAAGUGAUCGCUGUGCUGGGCAGGGCAGGACAGGGGAAGAGCCGCUGGACCCGGGCAGUGUGCCAGGCUUGGGCCUGUGGCCAGCUGCCACAGUACGACUUCGUGUUCUACUUGCCCUGCCACUGUCUGGACCGCCCAGGGAACACCUACCGCCUGCAGGAUCUGCUCUUCUCCCUGGGGCCACAGCCAGUGCCCGUGGACGACGAGGUCUUCAGUCACAUCCUGAGGAGGCCGGACCGUGUUCUGCUCAUCCUGGAUGGCUUUGAGGAGCUCGAAGCCCAGGAUGGCCUCUUGCAUAGUAUGUGCGGGCCCACCGCAGCGGAGCCCCACUCCCUCCGAGGGCUGCUGGCCGGCCUCCUCCAGCGCAAGCUGCUGCGAGGCUGCACCUUGCUGCUCAUGGCCCGGUCCCGGGGCCGCCUGGCUCAGAGCCUGAGCAAGGCCGAUGCUCUGUUUGAGAUGUCUGGCUUCUCAGCUGAGCAGGCCGAGACCUACAUGGAGCGCUACUUCGAGCGGUCGGGGGCCGAUCACCACCGAGAGAGAGCCCUGGCACUCCUCCGGGGCCAGCCACUCCUCCUCAGUCACAGCCACAGCCCCACCGUGUGCCGGGCCGUGUGCCAGCUCUCAGAGACCCUCCUGGAGCUGGGAGAGGAGGCCGAGCUGCCCUCCACACUCACGGGACUCUACGUCGGCCUACUAGGUCCAGCAGCUUGUGACAGCCCCCCAGGGGCCCUAGAGGCACUGGCCAGGCUGGCCUGGGAGCUGGGCCGCAGACACCACAGCACCCUGCCAGAGGACCAGUUCCCUUCGGCGGAGGUGAGGGCCUGGGCUGUGGCCAAAGGCUUGGUGCAGCCCGCCCCCAGGGCACCGGAGACCGAGCUGGCCUUCCCCAGCUUCCUCUUACAGUGCUUCCUAGCGGCUGUGUGGCUGGCUCUGAGCAGUGAGGUCAAGGACAAGUUGCUGCCACAGUAUUUGGCAUUGACCCCGAGGAAGAAGAGGCCCUAUGACAACUGGCUGGAGGGUGUGCCACGCUUUCUGGCCGGGCUGGUCUUCCAGCCUCCCGCCCUCUGCCUGGGAGCCCUGGCAGGGCCGGCGGCGGCCACCUCGGUGGACGGGAAGAAGAAAGUGCUCACCCGGUACCUGAAGCGGCUGCAGCUGGGGACCCUGCAGGCAGGGCGGCUGCUGGAGCUGCUACACUGUGCCCACGAGGCUCUGGACACCGGCCUUUGGCAGCAUGUGGUCCAGGGGCUCCCCACCCACCUCUCCUUCCUGGGCACCCGGCUCGCACCUCCAGACACCCAUGUGCUGGGCAGCACCCUGCAGGCGGCAGGCCGCGACUUCUCCCUAGAUCUCCGUAGCACUGGCAUUGACCCCUCUGGACUAGGGAGCCUCGUGGGACUCAGCUGUGUCACCCAUUUCAGGGCCUCCUUGAGUGACACGGUAGAGCUGUGGGAGUCCUUACAAGAGCAUGGGGAGGUCCAGCUCCUCCGGGCAGUGGAAGAGAAGUUCACCAUUGAGCCUUUCAAGGCCAAGUCCGUGAAGGAUGUGGAAGACCUGGGCAACCUUGUGCAGAUCCAGAGGACAAGAAGUUCCUCAGAAGACACAGCUGAGGGACUCCCUGCGGUCCGGGACCUAAAGAAACUGGAGUUUGCGCUGGGCCCCGUCUUAGGCCCCCAAGCUUUCCCCAAACUGGUGAGGAUCCUCGAGGCUUUUUCCUCCCUUCAGCAUCUGGACCUGGACUCACUGAGCGAGAACAAGAUCGGAGACGAGAGUGUUGCGCAGCUCUCGGCCACCUUCCCUCAGCUGAAGGCCCUGGAGACACUCAACUUGUCCCAGAACAGCAUCACCGAUGUGGGUGCCUGCAAGCUCGCUGAGGCCCUGCCCUCCUUGGCUGCGUCCCUCCUCAGGCUCAGCUUGUACAAUAACUGCAUCUGUGACGUGGGAGCGGAGAGCCUGGCACACGUGCUUCCAGACAUGGUGUCCCUGCGGGUCCUGGAUGUCCAGUACAACAAGUUCACGGCCGCCGGGGCCCAGCAGCUCGCAGCCAGCCUGAGAAAGUGCCCUCACGUGAAGACACUGGCGAUGUGUUCGCCCACCAUUCCGUUUGGUGUCCAGGAACACCUACAGCAGCUGGACUCCCGGAUCAGCCUGAGAUGAUCCUGGCUGUGCCUGAGAUAAGGACAUUCUCGGACGCUGACCACGCUGGACCUUGAACUGGUCAUUUGUGGACACAGCUCCUCUCAGGUCACAUCCUGUGAGCCUCGGCAUCCUGGCACCCAGCCACGCCUGCUGCGGAGAGGACCUAGGCCCAGCUCCAGGCUCCUUUGGGACUCAGGUCGAUGCCAGCCCUGCUCAGCUGCUGCGUUCCUGGCAGACGGAUGGGCGCCUGGUGGCAGCUGCAGUCGACCCAGGAGCCCUGAUGCAUUUUCCUCAGGACACUCCACAUAGCCGUGGCCAGGCCAGAGAAGAGAUGAGGGACUGAGGUGGCCACAUCUCUGCCUCUCCAGGUCCCUGCCAGCCCGGGAAGAGAGCACUUCUCCAGGCUGCUGCCCCGCUGAAGAUACUGGCGGGGAACCCCCACCUGUUCAUUCUCAAGCUGGAACAGGCUGGGACUCUGUGGCAGCUGAUCUGUGUCCAUAGGACUCACUGUUUUGCACUAACUUUGUUUGCCAAGGCCAAAGCUGCGCUUGGCCAGAUGCGCUGGACCUUAGCAGGAAACAGCUGACAGUACACUAAUGGAGGAGGAGAGGGAGAUGAGCCAGGACCGCAUCUGCCUUUUUGCCUUCACUUCCUGUGUUUCUUCACUACAUUAUAAAUGGCUCGUUUAAUCGCC